UUACACAGCAUUUCGGAACAAAAUACCUUACUUCCAAAACAAAGAAAAAGCAGAAGGCCAAAAGAAAAGAACCGAAAAAAGAGUCAGAAGCAGAACAAAAAGAAAAAUUUCCAUCCUGGUAAGUAACAUGGUAAUCGUUUCCCCGAGCAGUCUGGCCCCUCUCUCCCUCCCUCGCUCUCUCGCUCUGCCGGGGGUUAUCAGUCUCCGGUCAUCAUCAUUAGUUAGCAUCAUCAUCAUCAUCAGCAUCAUCAGCCAUCCGCCAUCAAGCCAUCAGCCCCAAACAACUUCAACCUUCUUCCACCUCAUACCCACUUUUUCUUUCCCCUUCUCUUUCACUUCUUCUGUUUAUCAAUCUGGCCCCUCGGAUCAAAUCAUAUCUCCCCUGAUUCUUCUUCCCCUUUCCCUUGGAACUCUUUCCUACCCUCACUCUUCCCCCUUCCUUUGACUCUACUCUUCCCUGCCUCUCUAGUCUCCCUCCCCUCCCUCCCUCCAUCAUAUCUGAUCCGACAUUCCAUCGCCUUGUAUUGAUCGCCCUUCACCUGCCGAUCUUUACCUCUGCCCUCCGCGUUAUCCCCUAAACGA